AACACAAUUUUUACCACCAUGAAACAAGAGCAAUCGAACUGCUCGAAGGUUGUAAAUGAAGAAGCUGUAAAUGUAGCGAAACGUGCUCUUAGUCAAACACCAAUCUGCGGUCCCGAACCAAUGAAAAAAGAUAUUGUUAUCAAUUCCGCACCUCCCCUAUCAAUGGGUUUGGUUCCCACUGCGCAGCUAAUCACGGUGCAGCUUAAUAAUGUGUACGUUUCCCUUCAUUGUUAUUCUAUUACAGAACAACUCUCAAAGGGCACUGUUCAUCGAAAUGAUGGCUAUAGUUUUGUUUUGUCUAACUUACCAUUAGUUGUGACAACUAUCUUCGUAAUUUGUAUCCCGUCCUCGUCAAGGACUUCAAAACCUUUGGAGAAACUCUCUGCUGGUCCCAUUUUCAAUUCACCAUCACGAGGUCACAAUAUCCCUAUACCUAUUCUCGCCAAACCCGUCAGCCCAAAUGUGCCCCGCCGACGGCUUUGCAACUCUGCUCAGGAGACUGCAUUAUUUCCUUGUCAGAAUUACAACCGAUUUCGACACAAAAGUAGUCAAACGGAGGUUUCAGCACUGCAACCAGAUACAUUUGCCGACUCCGUUAGAAAGAUUGCAGUUGCAUUGGAUGAAAUGAAGGUCAAGUUGGCCUCUGUCCAGUCGAAGGUGGCCUCUUUGGAGGCUCGAUUCACCGCAGUGUAUGGUGACGAUAUACUUCUGCCUGUGGCAGAGUCUUCUAAAGCUAGAAACAGCAAAAAAUCAUACUCUACUCCGCGCCGUAAGCGCUCCUUUGUGCUGAAUAGUUCACGAUUUUGGGCCAGCAGACGUCUAGCCUGUCGCUUGGCAGCAGAAAGGCUGCAACAGGAUGGGGGGAAAAUUGGGAGUGUUCUGCUUCCGUCCACCCCCGCCCUUUCUUCACCACCCGCCGUCUCUACCUCCGGUGCCGUACCAGUUCGUAGAUCUCGUCGAUUCAUCACCAAUGAAGGCUUUGGUGGUGAACAAACUGCGCCUGUGACAAAAGCUAAAAUCGCCAAGCUCCUGAUGGACGCACGACUUGAGAUGGCCGCAGAAGAGAAGGAACGCCUCGAGGUUCAGGCAUCGGGUUCAGUAUCGGCUAGUGAAGACGCAAGAUCUGUUCAAUCAAUUGAGCAGGUUAAUAACUCACCUGAACUAGGCUGCUCCUUUCACACACAAACUACCUUGUCAAGUGUUCAAGACGAGGCCACAGCGCUGCCACCUAUUCGACCUCUCCAAAGCGCUCUUAACGGAGUGGAGGGAGAGAAAGAAGGGAGCGAGCUACCAACGGUGUCAGCGGCGGGUACAGACGAGGGAAUGGCGGCUUCGACAUUGGGAAACCGCGGGAGCCCGGCCAAGUCGGUUACAACGGAAGAGGGGACGCCGUCGGUCUCUUCUACCUCACCCUCAACGCUUCCACAGCUGCCGCCUAUCCCAGCCAAGUAUCGUCGACCUAUGCUUCUAGACACCUCAGAAAUCGCUCGUCAAACCAAAGACAUGUUACUUAAAUGCGCCAUCAGCCAACGCUCCUUUGGCCAGAAUGUGCUUGGCAAGUUGCCUCCUCAAAAUUUCUACCUCUAUUCACAUUCACUGUACAUAUCGACGGGGAAGGAGGGCGCAAUAGCAAUAAAAUUUGAGAAAUCUGAGGAAGUCUCGCCGAAAUCGCAACAAGAUUCGCUUUCAGGUGAUGCUGCCGACUCCUCUAAAUCUACGAACGCCAUGGACACUGCCUCCACACAGUCUCGAGUCAGCGCAACAGUCACUCCUGUAGCCGCCGCAUCCCUUUCCUACAAACCAGAGAAUUGCGGUCGAUCAUCCAUCAGUAUCCGAUCUUCUGAAGCUCAGCGUCUCCUUAAAGAUGGCUUCGAUGUCAUGAAAACAGUGGCCGAUGCCAAGCUUCUCCUUAACACCACUUCAAUGACCCAACGUGCUCUGGGGAACACAAUUUUGGGGCUAAGUCAAGCUUCUGUCUCUGAUCUUCUUUGUAAAUGCCGACCAUGGGAUCAAAUUUCUGGCAACAAGCCCAGGGAGUCCUACGUGAGACUCAAACUUUGGGUGGACUCAGUACGUUUGGCUUCUGGGCUUUCUGAUGAAGUCAACGAAAAUGUUGCAGAAAGGAAACCAAAGCGCCAGCGCACGGAAAGUGGGUCUUCUGCUACGGUCGACACGGAAUCAAAACAAUUAACCGAACAACAGUUAGACGUCCUCGUCAAUUUUUUCGAUCAGUGCCCUCAGCCCGAUCCCAAUGAUAUUAGUGAGCUUGCGAAGCAGAUUUGCUGUUCUCUCGAAGACGUCAAUGAAUGGUUUGAAAAGCGCAGACUGGGUGGAAGGACGUCAACUUCUGUUUUAAUGAAGAAGGAAAGUCACCUUCAACACAGCACCAGUAAAGGUGGCUCUCCAGUACUUCAAAAUAAUCUGUCUCCAGUUUCGACAGCGUCACUCAACCGACGAAAGAAAACUGUGCCGACCCGCAUCUUGCCCUCUUCCCUAGAAUCGCCCUCCGAAUCGACAGUUUCGCCCCCUUCCACCUCCUAG